AUCCUGCUUCAAUGUCUUGGAAAAAUGAUAUUAGAAUCAUUUUCGGUUUAGACUUUGGCUGUACCUUCUCGGGAUUUAGUUAUGUUCAUACAUCCAAACAACAAGAAAUAAUCACCAACGAAACAUGGCCAGAUAUGAUUGAUCCUGCUUCAAUGUCUUGGAAAAAUGAUAUUAGAGUCAUUGUCGGUUUAGACUUUGGCUGUACCUUCUCGGGAUUUAGUUAUGUUCAUACAUCCAAACAACAAGAAAUAAUCACCAACGAAACAUGGCCAGAUAUGAUUGGUCAAUUGAAAAUCAACACAGUUUUACAGUAUGAUUCGAAUUUUGAAACCGUCAAAAGCUGGGGUUUGUCGGCAUUGGCAAAGAAGCCAAGACGCAAAGGGAAGAAAAAGGAAGAGACACGGCCUGUAGAAUUAUUCAAGCUUCACUUAACCGAGAUGCCUUAUGUAUCCAAACCUUCACUCCCUCUUGAUUAUAAGAAAGUUGUCAGUGAUUAUCUUAAUAAAAUUGGACAAGUAGGAAUUAAAUUCAUCGUUUGA